CAACCAGCGUAUUCGCGCAAAAUGGCAUCACAUGCAGCCGCCUUCGGGCGCAUGGGUCUGUGGCAGAAGCCCACUGUACGUCCAUGUGCAUCUUCGUUCAUUCGCUUACCGUGACGGUGUGUAUCACAAGUGUCUCGAGUGGUUACAUCGUCGAUUACAGUAGGCCUGCGAAGGCGGGAUUGAACGCCUGGAGAUUCAACAUCGAGCGUCAAUGGAAUUCGAUGGCGUGAACUGCAUCAUGGUCCCCAUCAUGAGGCGAAAUGAUUCUCCUCCAUGGCUAGAACAGCACAGCUUGAUGCCUCCUGUGCAAGAAGGCACACAUCGUGUCAAUGGUCAAUGUGCAGCGGAUCGAUUUGAAACUGUGACCUUUUUUAUGGGUAGCUAAAAUGACCAAUUAUAGUCCAUCAUGAGUUUCGGUCAGAAUAUAUCGUCGACGUCGACACCGAAGAUGCCCCCGGUUUGCUUGAUUCGGCAAGCGGACGAUGCCCUCGAGACGUGUCCAGAUGGCAUAGCACUCCUGCAGUCGCUCAAGAAUGAACCCGUGGCCGUGAUUUGCCUCGCUGGGCAAUACAGAACGGGUAAGAGUUUCUUCUUGAACCAAAUGUGUCGCAAGGGAGACGUGUCAUCUGUCCCGUCGACCAACGCCGGGUUUGUCGUCGGACCUACGACCGAGUCUUGCACGCGGGGCAUUUGGAUCUGGGACGCCGACCAGCGCAACGCACGCGGGGAGAAGGUGUUGCUCAUGGACACAGAAGGCAUCGCGUCCACGGACAACGACGAAACGUACGACGCCAAGAUCUUCUCCCUCGGCCUGCUUCUCUGCUCCGUGUUUGUGUUCAACACCAUGGGUGUCAUCGACGAAGGCGCGAUCGACAGACUUUUCCUCGUGUCCGAACUGACCAAGCACGUGUGCGUCCAUCAACAUGGCGGCGCCGCCGACAACCACGUCCCCAAAUCUGACGACGACGACGAUGAGGACGACGAUGUGCAGCAUUCGGUUCACGAAAGUGCGCUGGCGCCGCACUUUCCCCCGUUCGUGUGGCUGCUCCGGGACUUUUUGCUCGACAUCCAGGAAAACGGUCUGCCGCUCACGUCCAACGUGUACUUGGAGCGGUCUCUGCAGCGGCGGGACGGCACGUCCAAGCGCAACGAAGAGCGGAACCGCAUUCGCCACAGCUUGCGCACGCUCUUCACGCAGCGAGAAUGUGUGACGCUGAUCCGCCCCGUCACAGACGAAGACAAGCUCCGGAACGCCAGUACCCUCCCGGACGCCGACUUGCGUCCGGAAUUCAUCGUGCAGAUGCGCGCGAUCCGCGACCGACUCCUGGACGUCGCCCGCCCCAAACGCGUGCUCAACCAAGUCGUGGACGGCCCCAAGCUGGCGCAUCUCGUCCAGAGCUACGUCGCGACCAUGAACAGCGGCGCCGUGCCCGACAUCAAGGCGGCGUGGGAGUACGUGAGCGACGUGACCUGCGAAGCCGCGUUCGUCCGCGCGCUGGACACGUACAAGACGGCAAUGGAGUCGAAUACAUCCAUGGCACAGGUCGAGUUUGAGCGCGUACACAGGGAAGCGCAGGACCGCGCGCUAGUCGUGUUUAAAAGCGAGUCGGUGGAGGGCGACGCCAGGAAGCGGUGCUUUCAGAAGCUCAAGGCGGCCAUAGCGCAGACCCGAGCGCUUCAGAUCAACGCGCUGCAGGAAAAAUCGACGCUGCUGUGCACCGACGUGGUAGAACGGCUGGCCCAGCAAUGGCUUCAAUCCCCGAUUGAGUCGGGGGAGUGGGACGACAUCCCAAGCGAUGGACGCGCGCUUGGGCGUGGAUUAACUCCGUUCUUUCACGGGUACGACGAAGCUGGCGACGGUCCAUCCAAGGCCAAAGUGCUCGUGCAGUUUGUCAAGACGGACCUGCCGACGAUCUUGGACCAAUUCAUUGGACGCCUGAGUCGGCAUCACCAGAGUGUGCUGGAGCAGGCGACGAAAGCGGCCGACGACACGAUCCGACAAGGCGAGGAGGUGCGGCGACGGCUAGAGCUCGAGGUCCACCAGUUGCAACUGGAAGGGACUCGUUUGGUGGGCGUCGUGUCGACGGUGGAAGAAAAGCUGGACCGUGCCACCCAACAAGUAGUCGCUUUGAAACAAGCGGCCGAAGACUUGCACGAUCAACUGGUCGCCUCAGAAGCCAAACGCUUGGCCACUGGCGACGACUUGGACGCUGUCAAAGCCCAGCACGCGGCGGUCGUCCUCGAUAACGUCAAGCUCACCGCGCAGUUGGAGCAUGUGAACCAAGCCCUUGAUGAAGCUGUGGCGGCGCGGCAGGCCACCCAGGACCAACUCACGUCGGACCUCCAUCACGAACGCGCUGAAAGGAAGAACGAGCGGGAAGGUGCCAUUGCCAACUUGGCCAAACAAGCGGCGGAGCUCCACGCCGCGCAACGAUCGGUCAAGGCAUGCCGCGAUGAAUUGGAUGACUCGGCGCGGUCAGCGGCGUUGGUCGCCAAGGAGCGCGAUCUGCUCUCCGUCAAGAUCAAGAGUCUCCUGGAAGUGCAUGAAAACUCGCUCGAGCAAUUGCACAUUAUGGAAACCAGCCAUGCAUUGCAUGCUGACGAGAAGGAGCGGCUGACGCUUCGAUGCGAGCGGUUGGAGCAACAACUGGGCGACGUCAGUGUGCACAUGCAAGUGGAGAAUGUGUUGACCAAUCUGUGUGUGGACGUGGUCAAGCUCGUCGACGUGGACAAGGCGAUCCGCAUUGUGACAGAGGAACGAGCCGCGCUACAAGAGCGCCUCGGGGAGCUGCACGAGAAGAUCUCAACGUUGCCAGACUUUUACCAGCGCCAAGUGUUCUGUGCCCACGAGCCUGCGCCUGACUUUUUUGAAGCGCUGACCCAACUCAUCGGACAGUAAUAACUUGAAAUAGAUUUUAAAAAAACAUUUUUUCAGCAA